AGAGAGAGAGAGAGAGAGAGAGAAGAAAAUAGAGUGUGACUACCAAACAAACAACCAAAGUCUACGAUGGCGGAGGUAAUCUCUCUCAUGGACAUCGACGACGACAACCACUCUCUCAAAUCCAACAACAACCUCCGAAAAGCCACUCCAUGGGUCGAAAAGUACCGCCCUCAAUCCCUCUCCGACGUCGCAGCCCAUCGAGACAUCAUCGACACCAUUGAUAGGCUAACUAGCGAGAACAGAUUGCCCCAUUUGUUACUCUACGGUCCUCCCGGCACCGGCAAGACCUCCACCAUUCUCGCCGUGGCUCGCAAGCUAUAUGGGUCGCAGAUGCACAACUUGGUUUUGGAAUUGAAUGCUUCCGAUGAACGCGGAAUCGAUGUCGUCAGGCAACAGAUUCAGGAUUUUGCUAGCACUCAGAGCUUCUCAUUUGGUGCAAAAGCAUCAGUGAAGUUGGUCUUAUUGGAUGAAGCUGAUGCCAUGACAAAGGAUGCACAAUUUGCCCUUCGUCGAGUGAUUGAGAAGUACACAAAAAGCACUAGGUUUGCACUUAUCUGUAAUCAUGUCAACAAGAUUAUUCCAGCUCUGCAAUCAAGAUGUACUCGUUUUCGGUUUGCUCCUCUUGAUGCCAUUAAUGUCAGUGAGCGACUUAAACAUGUUAUUCAGGCUGAAAGGCUUGAUGUACCUGAGUGUGGCUUAAAGGCACUUGUACGACUUAGCAAUGGUGACAUGAGAAAGGCUUUGAACAUUUUACAGUCAACACAUAUGGCUUCUCAGCAGAUAACAGAAGAAGCUGUCUACUUGUGCACUGGAAAUCCAUUGCCCAAAGACAUCGAACAAAUAUCUCACUGGCUUCUGAAUGAAUCAUUUGCAGUUAGUUUUAGACGAAUAUCUGAAAUGAAGACAAGGAAAGGAUUAGCUUUGGUGGAUAUCGUAAGAGAAGUAACCAUGUUUGUCUUUAAGAUCAAGAUGCAAUCAGGUGUUCGAGUUCAGCUAAUCAAUGACUUGGCUGAUAUUGAAUACAGGUUGAGUUUUGGAUGCAACGAUAAGUUGCAGCUUGGAUCGCUCAUUUCUACCUUUACACGGGCUCGAUCUGCGCUGGUUGCAGCUGCAAAGUAGUAAUUUAUUGGAUGUGAACUUGUUGCAUUCCCUUGUCCUUUCUCUCCUUCAACUUUUCUCUUUUCUUUCUAAACGCAUUGUAGCUUCAAUUUAUUUGAUAAUUGCUUGCUUCCAAUCUGAUAUUGUCAUUUUAUUUUGUAACAUAAUUUAGCGCUUGACGGAGAAAAUUUUAUAUUUGAGUGAUGCCUUCCAGUCACUAGACCCUACCCCUGGAUGUAUAUAUAUUGCUACUCUAAAA